AUGGGUUACAUCUUGUAUGGACCAACCAGAAUGGAAAUGCACUGGACUGCGAGCCAGAACAUGGGUUCUAGCUCUGAGUAUCAAGAACCCUCCCGCUCGCAGCCCGGACCCCGGCGUGCUCCUUCCCGGCGGCUCCUUCCCUUCUUCCUCCUGACCCUGUUGCAUCACCCUGGAAAAGGCGUGAGCCCCGCGCGCAGGGCCGGUCCUCCGAGCGCCCUUCUCCGCCUGCUGCUCUUCUCGCUAUACAGACUAACUGCAGAAAGGUUCACUAAGAAUCUUUCUCCGGACAAAAUCAACCUGAGCACUCUGAAAGGGGAGGGCCAGUUGACCAACCUGGAGUUGGAUGAAGAGGUUCUGCAGAACGUGCUGGAGCUACCUACCUGGUUAGCCAUCACUCGGGUCUACUGCAACAGGGCCUCCAUCCGGAUCCAAUGGACGAAGUUGAAGACACACCCAAUUUGCUUGUGCCUGGAUAAGGUCGAGGUGGAGAUGAAGACCUGUGAGGAGCCUCGGCCCCCCAAUGGACAGUCUCCCAUUGCCCUGGCUUCAGGACAGAGUGAAUACGGCUUUGCUGAGAAGGUGGUGGAGGGGAUGUUCAUCAUCGUCAACUCCAUCACUAUCAAGAUUCACUCCAAGGCCUUCCAUGCUUCUUUUGAAUUGUGGCAGCUGCAGGGCUACAGUGUCAACCCCAGCUGGCAGCAGAGUGACCUUCGCCUGACCCGCAUCACCGAUCCCCACCGAGGAGAGGUUUUAACAUUUAAGGAAAUAACUUGGCAGACCCUUCGAAUUGAGGCAGAUGCUACAGAUAAUAGUGACCAGGACUCCAUAACUACCCCAUUGAGGCUUAUUACCAACCAAGGCAGGAUCCAGAUAGCCCUCAAGAGAAGAACCAAAGACUGCAAUGUGGUGGCUUCCAAGCUGAUGUUCCUGCUGGAUGACCUGCUGUGGGUGCUCACUGACUCACAGCUCAAGGCUAUGAUGAAGUACGCGGAGUCCCUGAGUGAGGCCAUGGAGAAGUCAGCCCAGCAGAGGAAGAGCCUGGCUCCCGAGCCUGUGCAGGUCACUCCGCCUGCUCCCACUGCCCAGCAGUCCUGGGCCCAGGCAUUUGGUGGCAGCCAGGGCAACAGCAGCAGCAGCAGCAGCAGCAGCAGCAGCAGCAGCCGCCUCAGCCAAUACUUCGAGAAAUUUGAUGUGAAGGAGUCCUCCUACCACCUGCUCAUCUCCCGCCUGGACCUGCACAUCUGUGACGAUAGCCAGUCUCGAGAGCCAGGUGUCUCUGCAAACAGACUCAUGGGUGGCGCCAUGCAGCUUACUUUCCGCAAGAUGGCAUUUGACUAUUACCCGUUCCACUGGGCAGGUGAUAGCUGCAAACACUGGGCUCGGCACUGCGAGGCCAUGGAGACCAGAGGCCAGUGGGCCCAGAAGCUGGUGACGGAAUUCCAGACUAAGAUGGAGAAGUGGCAUGAAGAGGCGGGGCUGAAGACGUCCUGGCACCUGGGGGUGGAUGCUCCCUUCCGGAGAAAAGCAGCUUCUCUCUCCAGUCCUCAAAAGCACCCUCUUGAAAGGAUGCCCUCACGGGGCCGGCAGGCUGCCUUCCGACCUCCAGCAUGGCAUCGCCUGCGCUCUAGCUGCAUGGUUGUGCGAGUGGAUGACCUGGACAUCCACCAGGUUUCUACAGCUGGACAGCCAAGCAAGAAGCCUUCUACACUCCUUUCCUGCAGCCGCAAGCUCCACAGCCUGCCCGCUCAGGUCUCUGCAAUUCAUGUCGAGUUCACCGAGUAUUACUUCCCGGAUAACCAGGAGCUCCCAGUUCCCUGUCCCAAUCUCUACAUUCAGUUAAAUGGUCUGACAUUUACUGUGGAUCCAGUCAGCCUGCUCUGGGGAAACCUCUUCUGCCUCGAUUUAUACCGCAGCUUGGAGCAGUUUAAAGCUAUCUAUAAGCUGGAAGAUUCAAGGCAGAAAGAUCAACACUUGGACAUCCGGCUGGAUGCCUUCCGGUUGAAGGUGAGCUUCCCACUGGAGAAGCGAGAGCAGGCGAAGUUGCAUCGUCCCCAGGCCCUUGUCUUCUCUUCAUCUGGCAUGGUUGCCACCAAUACCCGUCAUGCCCCACAUUGUGGCUGUCCCGACCUCCAGAGUGUCUUCCGGGGUUUUGCUGCUGCUGAGUUCUUUCACUCUAAUUAUGAUCACUUCCCCAAGGUACCUGGGGGCUUUAGCCUUCUGCACAUGCUGUUUUUGCACCAUGCCUUCCAGAUGGAUUCUGGCCUCUCCCGGCCUAGUACCUUCCCUCCCCAGAGGCCUGAGGCUUCCCAGGACCUCUGGUCCAUCCACUUUACCCAGAUCUCCUUGGACUUUGAGGGAACAGAGAACGUAAAAGGCCGUCCCUUGAAUUUUGUGGCCCCUUUCCCCUUGUCCAUGUGGGUCUGCCUGCCUCUCCGCUGGCAACAAGCCCAGGCCCGCAGGCUCCUUUUGGCCUCAGAGGGGAGGCUCAAACCAUCAGCCAGUUUUGGAAGUCCUGUCCAGUCUGAGGCUCUGGCCCCCGAUUCUGUGUCGCAUCAGAGGUCAAAGACUGAGCAUGACCUGAAGAGCCUGUCAGGCCUCACGGAAGUCACAGACAUUCUAGGAGAAGGCAGUGGUGCGGCAGACAGCAAAGGGCCUCCCACAGAGCUGGAGGACGCAGCUGAUGUCCAUAUGCUCGUGCACACCCCUGCCCACAUCCGCGUGAGGCUGGACCACUACCAGUACUUGGCCUUGCUCCGCCUGAAGGACGUGCUGCAAGGGCUUCAGGAGCAGCUGGCCAAGGACACACAGGCCAUGACUGGGUCUCCCCUGCAGGACCAGACAGCUUGCAUUGGAGUCCUCUUCCCCAGUGCAGAGGUGGCUCUGCUCAUGCAUCCUGCCCCUGGGGCUGUUGAUGCGGACUCUACAGGCUCAGAUACCACCAGCCUCAUAGAUUCCGAGCUGUCUCCCUCAGAGGAGCGGGAGCCGAAGUCUGACACAUCCUCAGAGCAGGGCCCCGCAAGCCCUGAGAAGGUCCUGGAGGACAGCAGCACGGAACAUAUAGAUGCGUCCCAGGAGAGGCCACACAGCAAUGGAGAGCUGCAGAACCUGGGUCCCCCGGCACAGCAGGUGGCAGGGAAGGGCCACGAGGCUGUCGAGUCCCUACAGGCCAAGAAACUGAGCAGAGCCCAGGCCUCCAGCUCUCCAGCUGUGUCGAAGUCCCCUGUGGGCAGGGAUCCUGCUGUGAAUGGACAGGGCGAGCCCAUCCCCCUGAAGAACAUUGAGGGAGAAUUAUCAAGUGCUAUCCACAUGACCAAGGACGCCACCAAGGAGGCUCUGCAUGCCACCAUGGACCUCACCAAGGAAGCAGUGUCCCUGACUAAGGAUGCCUUCAGUCUGGGCAGAGAUCGAAUGACCUCCACCAUGCAUAAGAUGUUGUCCCUACCCGCAGCCAAGGAGCCCAUGGCCAGGGCAGAUGAGGGGGCGGCAACCCCAAUGAGUGGAGGAGCUGGCCGACUCCGAUUUUUCUCCAUGAAGAGGACGAUGUCUCAGCAGUCAUUCGAUGGUGUCCUGUUGGACAACAGUGGUCCUGAAGACCGAAUUUCAGUGGACAGCGAUGGCAGCGACAGCCUUGUGAUGCUCCUGGAGUCGGAAUCUGGUCUAGAGUCUGUUCCGCUGGGCUCUCUUCCAAGUGUCUUGGAUGAUGCUGGUGUUCAGAGCAGCCCUGUUGUGGAUAACUGUGGCCAAGUGUCCCCAGAGGCUGACAGCUUGGUUUCCCCCAGCAGAGAGGACCUUGUCCUUCACCCGGUCUCAGUUCUGAUCCUGAGGGUGAAGGAGGUGUCUUUUGGGAUUGAGGUACGUGGUGAGGACCUGAGUGUAGCCGUGCAAGCAGAAGAACUGGGCCUGCAGCAGCCAGGCACCAUGGCACUCUGGAAGUUCCUGCAUGGACAGUACCCUGAGACAACCCUCCAAGAAUCCUCAAAUGUGCGGACUGACCACAUCCGCCCAGCCGUGGGCCUUCGCUUUGAGGUGGGGCCUGGUGCGGCUGUUCAUUCUCCCCUGGCUACACAAAAUGGUUUCCUGCAUCUCGUGCUUCAUGGCUGUAACCUCGAGCUUCUCACUUCGGUGCUUAAUGGCCUGGGCCCCUUCUUGGAGGACGAGGAAGUGCCAGUAGUCGUCCCAAUGCAGAUUGAGCUCCUGAACUCCAGUGUCACCCUAAAGGAUGACAUCCCCCCCAUCUAUCCAACGUCCCCGGGCCCUGUCCCCGUCACUCUGGCCAUGGAGCAUGUUGUGCUGAAGCGCAGUGAUGACGGUGUCUUCCACAUCAGCGCUGUUGCUCAGGACAGACCACCUGCUGAAGUACCUAAAAGUGAGAAGAGGCAGCCCCCCGAAGAGCAGGUGUUGCUGGUGCCCCCUGGAGAGGUUUUUGGAGAGCAGGUGAAAGAACUGCCUGCCCUUCAAAAAGAACUUACAGAAACUAAGCAAGCAUUGGCCAAUGCCAAGCUGGAGAAAGAAACACUUCUUCAGGAGAUUAGGAGAUAUAACCCCCUCUUUGAGCUCUGAUAGCAGAGGCUCAGCCGUCUGUGCCAAGGAGAGAAGCGAACACCAGCAGCAGCAUUCGGGAUGGAAGGCGCUGUCCGGUGUGGACUCGGCUACCGAGGAGGCCCUAGGGACCAGGUGUGCUUCCUCCUGGCUGUUCUAGCUCAGAAGGAGGACAAGGCAGAGCGUAGCCGCAUCCCAGGAAAGUGCGGGUAGCUUCGUGCGUGGCUCAAGCAGUGUGUCAGGCCUUAUAAAGCCUUUUGGCCCUCUGUGUCCUGGGUGGAAUCUUCUCCACCGCACGGGGCCAUUUCGCCUCCUGGCUUUAUGGCAGAGAUAAUUGCUUCCGUCGCAGCCCGUGUGAACAAGUCACAGUACUCACCUCCUCAGUCACCCGCAGAUCCACCAAAGAGUCCAUGUCCCAGAGCUUCCUGAAGCAGGCUGGAGGAGGUCUUGGUCUGAGCUCUGGCCUUGUGAGUGGGUUAGGACAGGAAAUAGUCCAGCAGGGGUAGGGUCAGGAGAGGCACACUCAUAAGGAAGCCCUGGCCUCAGACUGUUUUGGAGUAGGAGCCAGGCUCAGGUCUUCUCGGCUGACACUACCAUCUGCUUGGUUAGGGUCAAACCUCCUUUCAGUGGGAAUUUCAUCAUUGUGAUGCUGCAGUAGAAGUAAACAGCCAUAUCAUCUUUCCUCUCUAUAUAAUUUAUUUGGAAUGAAAAUAAAGAAGAAAUAUUUGCUCUGAGCUAGGUUGCAGGCAUGAUGUGGUAGGGGAUUGGUGUACGGGACCUUGAUUCUGAGCCCCUCAACUCCUGCCCUCUGCUACAGCUGCGCCUGACAGGUCUCUUCCUCGGUCUCCCUGGGGUCCCUGCUCAUCUGCUUCCCAGCACUGGGACUUCCUACAGGUGGUCACCUGAGUACUUGGUGGCUUGGCAGCUAAAUAUGUAUUUCUUACACUUGAAUAUAUAGAUCUUGACCUGUUGCCUCUCGA